AUGACUCGUCUCAUUGGCGAACACGCAGAAAAAGACGGUCACAUGCUUCAUUGGGCAACCGUGCUCAGAAAUCGCAGCAGUGCAGUGCUGUUUCCGCCGUAUUACCCAGCUAGCCCACUAAUGGAAUACCCAUUGGAUACGGAUUCUUUCGACAACACCAUUGAAAAAGCGAGGGAAACACUGCGAAAAAUUAGGGAACACAGAUAUGAGCAGUAUCUGAGAGAGGCCGAUGCCUACCGAGAACAAAUCGAGAAACAACGCGAAGACAAUGUGCAUGUACUGGAAGAUAAUGUCAAGGCGCUAGAAGCUCGUUUAAAAGCCCUGAAAGCUGCUUGUUUUGAGCUUGACCAACACAACGAUACCUGUCAACACACCAUUGCCGAACUACAACAGAACGAGGAACAACUGAUCGCGGAAAAUGGAACCAUAGAAAAAGAGAACAAAGAACUAGAGGAACAGAUUCAGCGACUCAAAAAAGAAGCCGAAGCUGGUGACCAGUUGCCAAAUGAAGGUUUAUCCGAUGCUGUCUCAUUACAGUUGGCCAUUUAUCACAGCUUGGGCAUACGAAUGGUACAAAAUGAUCAAGCCAUCUUCAAUAAGGCUGUUAUAACAUCGCCAGAUCAAGGACGAGUACGAACGGUAUCCCUGGAAGGUCUUUCGUCUUACUACGCCGCAAAAUAUCUGUGGAAUGCCAUCACACCACCACCAUCAUCACGUAAAUAAUAUCAUUUAUAUCCUUGCAUGUUACCUUCAAUACUUGAUAUUUAUACUUUUACACUGCAUAUAAAAAAAUAUCAUUAAGAUUUUGAUAAAAAUAAG